UCAGAUCGGAGCUGUAACACAUCACGGCUCCGGCAGAGGGAGCACUGCGCGUUGUUUCUCUUACUUUUCCUUGUGUCAUCGAUGGAAAACCGGGUUCUGCUGUCCUGAGUUACUUCUGUAAAUCGCCUGUCACCUAUCUCCUCUCCCCCCACAAAACAGCAGGUGGCGCGGCAGAGACAGUUCAGUGCCAAGAUGCAGAGAAAUGGCAGUGAUUCACACCCUCUGUUUGGGGGUGCACUAUCGGCUGUCCUGCCUCACAGCAUCUGCGACAUCAGUGAGCUGAGGGAGAUCCCGGACAAUCAGGAGGUUUUUGCUCAUCAGCACAGUGACCAGAGCCUCAUUGUGGAACUGCUGGAGUACCAGAGCCAUGUGCUGGACGGUGAAGCUGCCAGGUAUCACUUCGAGGACGUGGCCCGCAGUAACGAGGCGGGGGGCCCCGGCGUGUCGGAGGUGCGCAGCUUGGAGCCCCUCGCCAAGGCGCUGCUCUCCCUCCCGGACUGCAGCUCAGCCUGGCUCCUGGCUGGCACCCAGCUGGUGUCCAAGUUCAACGAAGAGGCAAAGAACACAGUGAAUAUAUACCUGGGACUGUUCCGGCUGCCUCAGCACUCCACAGACAUCAUGGUCACCUUCAAUGACCCUGUCUCCAUCAGCCCGCUCAGCAGCAGCACGGGAGGGGCCUCGGAAAUGGCCACAGCUCCCUGGACCCUGGAGGACUUCCGGCUGGUACUCCAUACGCUCCGGCUCCUGGACCCAGCGGUGUUUGGCUAGGAGCCCCCCCCUCCUCCUGAAUCUGACAUCGCCUCCCCCCGCCAGCCCCCAUCUCCACGCAUCUCCACCCGUCUCCUGCCUAAGCAUGCCACACAGCAGUGCGCACAGAACUCCUGAGAGGCACUGCUGCUUCAUCCCAGCAGCUCCGCCCCGUCUGCCUGGGUCACGCCUGGGGUACAGAGUGACUGGAACUGGUGCAUCUUGUUCAUGGCAUCAAAACGGCAGCAGGGGCUCAGCGAGACAUUUUCUGGUGCUGCUGUUCUCUUGGGCUUUGAAAGGAAAAACAGGUUUUACCACCACGAGUUACUUUUCUGUUCAAAACCUCAGAAGAUGCAUACCCUUUCAUUUAACUGGAGACCGAAUACAGCGAGCCUUGACAUGACAGGAUUCUCACCUUCUCAAGACCAAAGCUAAUACCCGAAGAGUGAUGAAACAAAAUGUGACAAGCACUUGAGCUUCAGCGUGAAUAAAUAUACAGUGAAAUGGAGGCAUCAAAAGAAUCAGGUGCCUGCGGUGCCCUUCUCUACCUUGAUGGACGACGAUGAAUGAAGGAGGCGAGCAAGUCUUGACUUGACUGGAUCAGCAGGAUAGACUGAAGUGUGACUUUGCAGUCACUCUUAACUUUGCAGAUAGGUGGUGUUCAAGUCCGUCUUUGAGGGAGGUGUGUGUGGGGAGGCUGUUUGCUUCAUUUGAGGUCAGCUGAGAAAAGAACACGCCUGUUCCUCCGCAGAACUCCUGCUAUCAGCAGGAUUGCUAUCUGGGGAGUUACUGGCACUGGCUUGUAACUGUUUGCUUUAAACUGUGCUGUUAGAUGCGUGAUAUGGGGAAGAUCAUUUGUUUUCUUCCCAGAUGUAAGUGUGUGUUUUGGUUCCAGCCUGUUUUGUUAUUGAUUGACUCAUACUGCUUCAGAGGAAUGAAGACAUUCUGUUUGGCCUCUCAUCCUGUGCCUGUUUCAACACCAUGUUGACUUAAACUGAUUAAUUAACCCUACGUGUGUAAGAGCUCAUUGUGAAAUAAAAAUCAGAGGUUUGGGGUUAGGAAGGUGCUUUCUCGCAUUAUCAAUGUUUUUCUUUGAGCUGACUCCUGCUGUUUAACCUCUGUAGGUCAGCAGUCCUCUGUUCCUCUUUUGCUCUGUUGACAUUGCACACCCUUGCCAAGAGCACACGCUGUCUUCUUUCUUCCUUGAAAACCUAACUGCACCUCCCUUAAUGUGUCACUGCUGUGUGACCUCGCUGGCCAACACAAACACACAGUCUCCUUGUUCCUUUAAAACCCUUCUCCAGUUACUGUGCUUUCCUGCCCUGUUCAAUAAAAUAUCUUAUGCCAUAGUGA